GCCCCGCCCACUCCACAGCUGGCAGCUGUUUGUUAGUUUGUUUGGGUGUAGGAGUGGGUGGGACUUGUACUUGUUUUUCCGGCUCCACCUGAGCUCCAGGUGCGUCCGCGGCGGCUCGUCCGGCCUCAGUCCGCCUCUGAGCCUCCUCCGCCGGCUGUGGGAACAUGGCGGUCCCGCUCACGGACCAGGAGAGGCGGAAGCAGAUCAGCGUGCGGGGCAUCGCGGGACUCGGGGACGUGGCGGAGGUGAAGAGCAGCUUCAACAGACACCUGCACUUCACCCUGGUCAAGGACCGCAAUGUGGCCACCCCCCGGGACUACUACUUCGCCCUGGCGCACACCGUCCGGGACCACCUGGUGGGCCGCUGGAUCCGGACCCAGCAGUACUACUACGAGAAGGACCCGAAGAGGGUCUAUUAUCUGUCUCUGGAGUUCUACAUGGGACGGACUCUGCAGAACACCAUGAUCAACCUGGGUCUGCAGACAGCCUGCGAUGAAGCCAUCUACCAGUUGGGUUUGGACAUUGAGGAGCUGGAGGAAAUGGAGGAAGACGCCGGUCUGGGAAACGGAGGACUGGGUCGACUGGCAGCAUGCUUUCUGGACUCCAUGGCGACCCUCGGUCUGGCGGCGUACGGCUACGGGAUCCGCUAUGAGUUCGGGAUCUUCAACCAGAAGAUCAGGAACGGAUGGCAGUUGGAGGAGGCAGAUGAUUGGCUGAGAUAUGGAAACCCGUGGGAGAAGGCCAGACCGGAGUACAUGCUGCCGGUUCACUUCUACGGACGGGUGGAGAAACGGGAGGGUGGAGGCGUGGACUGGGUCGAUACGCAGGUUAUCCUGGCGAUGCCAUAUGACACACCCGUCCCUGGUUACCGUAACAACACGGUGAACACCAUGAGACUGUGGUCGGCCAAAGCUCCAGAUGACUUCAAACUCCACAACUUUAACGUUGGAGAUUACAUUGAGGCUGUUCUGGACAGGAACCUGGCAGAGAACAUCUCCAGAGUCCUGUAUCCCAACGACAACUUCUUCGAGGGGAAGGAGCUCCGUCUCAAACAGGAAUACUUUGUGGUGGCGGCGACGCUGCAGGACAUCAUCCGCAGGUUCAAGUCGUCCAAGUUCGGCUGCAGAGACCCGGUCAGGACGUCCUUCGACACCUUCCCCAAAAAGGUGGCCAUCCAACUCAACGACACUCAUCCGGCUCUGGCCAUUCCUGAGCUGAUGAGGAUCCUGGUGGACGUGGAGAAACUGGACUGGGAGAAGGCGUGGGACAUCACCUGUCGCACGUGUUCGUACACCAACCACACAGUUCUUCCUGAGGCUCUGGAGCGUUGGCCCGUUUACAUGUUCGAGAAGCUGCUGCCCAGACACCUGCUCAUCAUCUACGACAUCAACCAGAGACACCUGGACAGAAUCGCCGCUCUGUUUCCUGGUGACGUGGACCGUCUUCGUCGGAUGUCUUUGAUCGAAGAAGGCGAUCCGAAGAGGAUCAACAUGGCUCACCUGUGCGUGGUCGGAUCCCACGCCGUCAACGGUGUCGCUCAGAUCCACACUGACAUCGUCAAGGAGACUGUGUUUAGAGACUUCCAUGAGGUGGAUCCUGACAAGUUCCAGAAUAAAACAAACGGUAUCACGCCUCGCCGCUGGCUGCUGCUGUGUAACCCCGGCCUGUCAGACGUCAUCUCUGAGCGAAUCGGUGAAGACUUCGUCAUUGACCUCCAGCAGCUGAAGAAACUUCUGGAGUUUGUGGAUGACGAGGCUUUUAUCAGAGACGUGGCCAAAGUCAAACAGGAGAACAAGCUGAAGUUCGCAUCGUUCCUGCAGAAGCAGAACCAGAUCCAGGUGGACCCAGAGUCCCUGUUCGACGUCCAGGUGAAGCGGAUCCAUGAGUACAAGAGGCAGCUGUUGAACUGUCUGCACGUCAUCACCCUCUACAACCGGAUUAAACUGGAUCCCCAGAGACAUUUUGUCCCUCGGACGGUGAUGAUCGGUGGAAAGGCGGCUCCAGGUUACCACAUGGCCAAACUGAUCAUCAAACUCAUCACGUCUGUGGGUCAUGUGAUCAAUAAUGACCCAGCGGUGGGAAACAGGCUGAAGCUGAUUUACCUGGAAAACUACAGAGUGUCUUUAGCAGAGAGAGUGAUCCCGGCCGCUGACCUGUCGGAGCAGAUCUCCACGGCUGGAACAGAAGCUUCCGGAACAGGAAACAUGAAGUUCAUGCUGAACGGAGCGCUGACCAUCGGCACCAUGGAUGGAGCCACGGUGGAGAUGGCCCAGGAGGCCGGAGAGGAAAACCUGUUCAUCUUCGGAAUGCGAGUGUCCGACGUAGAGGAGGUGGACAAGAAGGGGUACGACGCCAGAGAGUUCUACGAGCGUCUGCCGGAGCUCAAACUGGCCGUGGACCAGAUCCAGAACGGAUUCUUCAAUCCAGAAAAACCGGACCUAUUCAAAGACCUGGUGGACAUGCUCCUGAACCACGACAGGUUCAAGGUCUUUGCGGAUUUCGAGUCCUAUGUCUCGUGUCAGGACAGAGUCAGUCUGCUCUUCCAGAACCCCAGGGCCUGGACCCAGAUGGUGAUCCGAAACAUCGCCUCCUCUGGGAAAUUCUCCAGCGACCGGACCAUCCGACAGUACGCCACGGAGAUCUGGGGUGUGGAACCGUCCGACGUGACAAUCCCUCCGCCUAAUGAACCACCCUUCAAGGCCCAGGACUGAGGAGACCAGGUUGGCCUGGGGCUGAGGAGACCGUCCACAUCCAGGUCGGACACAGUUUAAGAAUCCAGGGUUAGGGUUAGGGGUCUGGACCCAGGCAGCUCCGUUGACCUUGAAUGUCUGAAUCAGGUCGACACUGGACACAUUAACCAGAUAUUUACUGUAAAACCUCAGUUCAUCUGCGUCCAAUCCUUUGACUGCUUUUGACAGAAGUAGAACAGAUGAGGUCGAUGAUAGUUUUAACUCCGAAAUUGACAUAAAACUCAUUUUCUUUCUAUUCAGAUUUUUCAAGUCUGGCUAAAAGUUGAUGUGAGUGAAUAAAUAAAUGAAUGUAAUUAAAGUAUCAUUGUCUUAAAAUGAGCUGCACAUUGGGAUGAAAAACUCCAAAAGUUUGUGUGUUUGAUUUAAAAUAAUUUUUUUAAAAAGUGAGUGGAAAUGUUUGACAUAUUUGGACGUAAACCUGAAUAAAGUGGGAUUUAAACUGUUAA